UGCUCGCUGCAGCCGCCCGCCCGCCAGGGGGAAGCUGGUCCCGGCGCCGCUGGAGGAGAAGAUGCCCGCCGAGGAGCGGCGCGCCGGGAGCAAGUCCCCGGCGCCUCCGGGAUGGCUCCCGUUAACCCCGCCACGGUUCGCCAUGCAGCAGCUGGCUUCCUGCCUGGGCCUGUGGCUCUUCCUCCAGCUCCCCUACCUGGGCUCCGGGACGCGGGUGGUCUACAAAGUGCCGGAAGAGCAGCCGCCCAACACCCUCAUCGGCAGCUUGGCAGCGGACUACGGCUUCCCGGACAUGGGGCACCUCUAUAAGCUGGAGGUGGGGGCCCCCUACCUGCGGGUGGACGGCAAGACCGGCGACAUCUACACCACCGAGACCUCCAUCGACCGGGAGAGCCUGCGCGAGUGCCAGCAGCUCUUUCCGGGGGAGCCCUGUUUCCUAGAGUUCGAAGUUUCCAUCACAGACCUGAUGAGCAACAGCCCCCGCCUGCUGGAGGGGCAGAUAGAGGUGCUGGAUAUCAACGACAACACCCCCAACUUUGCCUCUCCCGUCAUCACGCUGGCCAUCCCCGAAAACACCAACAUCGGGACGCUCUUCCCCAUCCCGCUGGCCAUGGACCGGGACACCGGAGCCAACGGGGUGGCUUCCUACGAGCUGAUGCCCGGCUCGGACUCCCAGAAGCUCUUUGGCUUGCAGGUGGCCGAGGACCAAGACGAGAAGCAGCCGCAGCUGAUCGUCAUGGGCAACCUGGACCGGGAGCAGUCCGAGUCCUACGACCUCACCAUCAAAGUGCAGGACGGGGGCAGCCCCCCUCGGGCGAGCAGCGCCCUGCUGCGCAUCACCAUCCUGGACAUGAACGACAACGCCCCCAAGUUCGAGAAGCCCUUGUACGAAGCGGAGCUGUCGGAGAACAGCCCCAUCGGCCACUCCGUGCUGCAGGUCAAGGCCAACGAUUCUGACCAGGGGGCCAACGCUGAGAUUGACUAUUCCUUCCACCAGGCCUCAGAUGUGGUCCGCCGGCUGCUACGGCUGGAUAGAGCCUCGGGACUUAUCACCGUACAGGGUCCUGUGGACCGUGAGGACGUCAACGUGCUCAAGUUCUCAGUGAUGGCAAAGGAUAAGGGGGCCAACCCCAAAACGGCCCGUGCCCAGGUCGUGAUCAGCAUCAGGGACAUGAACGACAAUGCCCCAUCCAUUGAAAUCCGUGGUAUUGGCUUGGUGACCCACCAGGAUGGAAUGGCCAAUAUAUCAGAAGACGUGCCGGUGGAGACCCCUGUGGCUCUCGUGCAGGUGUCUGAUCGGGACGAGGGUGAAAACGCAGUGGUGACUUGCGUGGUGGCGGGCGAUGUGCCGUUCCAGUUGCGGCAAGCCAGCGACACUGGCAGUGACAGCAAAAAGAAGUACUUCUUGCAGACCACCACACCGCUCGACUACGAGGCGGUGAAGGAGUACACCAUUGAGAUUGUGGCCGUAGAUUCAGGCAACCCUCCCCUGUCCAGCACCAACUCCCUCAAAGUUCAGGUAGUAGAUGUCAACGACAAUGACCCUGUCUUCAGUCAAAGCUCCACAGAGGUGGCGUUCCCCGAAAACAAUGCCCCGGAUGAUUUGGUCGUGGAAGUGAGUGCGACUGACGCAGACAGUGGGUCCAAUGCUAACUUGGUGUACUCGCUGGACAAAGAGACUUCGCCCCAAGGCAUUUUCUCCAUUGAUCCCGAGUCUGGUGAGAUCCGGGUAAAGACUGUGCUGGACCGGGAGCAGCAAGAGCGCUAUGAAUUCUUGGUGGUUGCCGCCGACAAGGGCAGCCCGAGCCGCAAAGGCACCGCGUCAGUCGCCAUCAAUGUCAUGGACCGCAAUGACAAUGACCCCAAAUUUAUGCUCAGUGGCUACAACUUCUCUGUCAUGGAAAACAUGCCACCCUUGAGCCCAGUGGGCAUGGUGACCGUUAUUGACGCAGACAAAGGGGAGAAUGCCCGCAUUCAUCUCUCCGUGGAGCAGGACAAUGGUGACUUUGUCAUCCAGAACGGUACUGGCACUAUCCUCUCCAGCAUCUCCUUUGACCGUGAGCGGCAGAGUACUUACACCUUCCGGCUCAAAGCUGUGGACGGCGGUGACCCUCCCAGAUCAGCCUACGUUGGAGUGACCAUCAAUGUGUUAGAUGAGAACGACAAUGCCCCGGUUAUCAUUUCUCCGUCGAACGCCUCCUACAAGCACAUUCUGCCUCACACGAGUCCUGGGCAGCAGGUCAUGAGCGUUGGGGCGGAAGACAUAGACUCCGGGGUCAAUGCGGAGUUGCAGUACAGCAUCACUGGCGGAAACCCCUUUGAGCUCUUCAAGAUUUCGCCACACAGUGGAAACAUCACCUUGGAGAAGGAGAUCCUCCGCAAGCACCACGGGCUUCACCGGCUGGUGGUGCGAGUCAACGACAAGGGCAAGCCUUCCCGCCACGGCACAGCCCUGAUCCACUUCUACGUCAACGAGACAUUGGCCAACCGCACCCUGCUGGAGACCCUGGUGGGACACAGCUUGGACACGCCCCUGGACAUCGAUAUCGCCGGCGACCCGGAGUAUGAGCGCAGCAAGCAGCGCAGUAACAUCCUCUUUGGCGUCAUCGCAGGCAUCGUCACUGUCACCCUGGUGAUCGUGCUCGUCGUGCUGGUGCGCUACUGCCGCCAGAAGGAGGCCAAGAGCGGCUACCAAGCCGGCAAGAAGGAGACGAAGGAUCUGUACGCGCCCAAGCAAGGCAGCAAGGGCAACAAAGCCAAGAGCAAGGUGAAGAAGAGCAAAUCCCCCAAGCCGCCCAAACCCGCCGAGGACGAGGAAGAGACAGGCCUGCAGAAGUCCCUCAAGUUCAACCUUAUGAACGACUCCGUCAGCGACAGCCCCCGCAUCCAUCUGCCCCUGAACUACCCCCCUGGCAGCCCGGACCUGGGCCGGCACUACCGCUCCAACUCCCCCCUGCCUUCCAUCCAGCUCCAGCCCCAGUCGCCCUCCGCCUCCAAGAAGCACCAGGUCGUGCAGGACUUGCCCGCCACCAACACCUUUGUGGGCACCGGCGACAGCAACUCCACAGGCUCCGAGCAGUACUCAGACUACAGCUACCGCACCAACCCCCAGAAAUACACCAACAAGCAGUUACCUCAUCGUCGAGUGACGUUCUCUGCAGCCAAUCAGGCUCAGGACCUGCAGGAUCCAUCCCAACACAGUUACUAUGACAGUGGCCUUGAGGAGUCAGAAACGCCAAGCAGCAAAUCCUCAUCAGGGCCCCGCAUUGGACCCCUGGCACUGCCUGAGGACCACUAUGAGCGCACCACGCCCGAUGGCAGCAUUGGGGAGAUGGAGCACCCCGAGAACGAUCUCCGGCCUUUGCCCGAUGUAGCCAUGACGGGGACCUGCACCCGGGAAUGCACAGAGUUUGGCCACUCUGACACCUGCUGGAUGCCAGGCCAGUCCUCUCCGAGCCGGCGGCCCAAGAAUGCCCUCAAACUCUCCACGUUUGUGCCUUAUCAAGACAGAGGGAGUCAAGAGCAAGUUGGGAAUGGCAGCCCCAGACUCUCAGAAGAGCGCAGCACCAAAAUGGCUAACCUCCGCCUGCUCCCCACGUACAGUGCCUUCUCCAACAGUAGCCAUGAGCCCUGCAAGGACUCCCCCCUGGAGGAAAUCCCUCUCACCCAGACCUCAGACUUCCAGGCAGCCACCACACCAUCCUCCCAAACCGCCAAGCGGGAGAUCUACCUGUGAGACUGGGGAGUUGGGGGGGACAAGAAAGGUGCCUGCAAAACACACUGCUUGAGGCCAGUGUCUGGAAGAAGAAGAAGGAACUUUUCAAACUGUGAUGCUUUAUUGUUCAUGUAGGCAGUUCUGAGCCUGCAGGGUGGGCAUGCCUUGCCCAGUCGCUGGGCACAAGGACACCCUUGGCAACGCGUUGCUCCCGGGACAAGAGGACUGAGACCAGGCUCCGGAUGUGGGGAGAGGGGACCCGAGUGCGGAGGGCUCGGCCUGUGGCUUCAGGGCAGGGGGUGGGGUGGGAAGGGCUUAGUUACCAAAGGUCCGUGCAGACUGGGCGGAGUCCGUCGGGCGCAGGGCUGGGGGGCACCCGGCACGGGCGCAGGGGGAGGGGGAAGCUGCCUCUGCCGUUACUGUAGACUCCUGUAAAUAUGAACCUUAGGAAUGA